AAAGAUAUGUAUGUGUAUAUAUGAGGAAGGUUUUUUUUGGACCCUUACCCUCUCUCCCCCAUCAUAGAUAAAGCAUAGUUCUUGAUCCACACUCCAGUCCAGACGGUGGCGGUAAUGCACGUUUAAGCGUGUUUGCCAACCGCCAAUAAAACACCAAAGAAGAAGACGAUAUGUUUGCUUUUAUUUGUGUUAUGACUUCAGGAGACGCGACAGGAAGAGUUCAGUGAAACUAGCGAACAGGCUUUAUAUGACGGACUGGAGCUGAUCGAAGGGUUCACACCGAUCUGGAGCUAAAGCCAAAGCUAAUGCUGGGUUUAACACGGCUCGCGUCUCCUGAAGAGAGUUAACCAGCGACGCGUUCGAGAACAGCAGGAGUCCGCCUCAGAUGAGAGCCAACGGAUCCGCUCGGCGAUGAGUCCGCAGAAGAAGAUGAAGAAGCGGAAGGAGCUAAACGCGCUCAUCGGCCUCAGCGACAGCCGCAGGAAGAGCAAGCAGAGCAGCGGACACCGGCUGCUGCGGACCGGGACCGGAACCGGAACCGGGACAGACACCGAGAGCGAGUCCGAGUCCGGUGCAGACGAGCGGGGCUUCGGCGGGGCGGUCUUGCUGCGGUGCUGCUCGCUCUGUUACCCACUGUGUGUUUUCCUGGUUCUUGCGACGUGUGUCAUGGUCUCCGCCGGACUCAUCUGGAUGCAGAUCACCCUCAAAGAGGACCUGGGCUCCAUGAAGCAGAAGAUCCUCAUCAUGGAGAGCAGUCAGAAGCUCUCAUCACACGAGAUCCUGAAGCUCAGUGAGGACCUGAAGAACAAACAGAUGAAGCUGGACGAGCUGGAGAGCGGAGACAGAGGCCUGGUCAAACUCUGGUCCAACCUGAGCGAGAUCAGUCUGAAGCUCAGCGCUCUCGAUUCUGCUGUGAAUCACCUCAAGACCAACAUUAAAUCAUCCUCCGAUCUGAUCACACUGCCGCGGACGAUAGAGGAGCUGCAGAAGAGCGUGGCCUCCAUCAGCAGCACUGUCACCAGCGUGCAGCACGAUGUCUCUCUGAUUCAGUCAGUGGUGGAGGAGAAAAGGGCUGAAGAUCAGCUGAAGGACAGCGCUAAUGAAGAGAAACCUGUGAACAGCAGCAGCUGUGUGACACUGAAGCAGGAGCUGCUGCGUCUGGAGGACGGGGUGAAGCAGAUGAACCGCUCCGUGCUGCUGCAGGAGUCCAGCUCGAGCGAGCAGAUCCAGAGCGUGCGCUUCGUUCUGUCAGACCUGAGCAGACGUCUGUCAGCGCUGGACCAGAGCCAGUCCAGAGACACGUGUUGUCCACCUGUGAUCCAAUCAAAACCUGUCGUCUUACGAAGUGUUAACGGCCUACGCUACUUACAUUUUAGACAAUGGUACGGUUGAGUUCUUUUUCACCAACACAGUGUUAAUUAUGACAGAAAAUUUGGAUUUAGUUUAAGUCAUAGUCUUUGGACUAAAAUGCCAUUUUUAGUUUUAGUCUUAUUUUAGUGAUCUGAAUUGUUUUUAGUCUUAGUCUAGUUUUAGUUGACUAAAUCUACAGUAAAUUUAAUCAAAUAAAAUCUAAUGUGUUUAAUUACAGCGUAAAGCAUUAAGAAAACAUCUGGUGAUAUGAAUGAUUAGAACAUGAUUUAACUGCUUUGACACAAAAAAGUCUUUAUCUUAAAGUUAAAUAAAAUGAUAUUGUCAUGCUUCACGGUGAGAAGAGCUUGUUAUUACUGAUUCAAGCACACAAGAUGUCAGGAAUCUGAAUGUGUUUGGAGAGGGAUAGUGGAUAUUUGUUAGCU